UUUUGUGUGUGGGUGACAGAGGGAGGGAGCAGGGCAAGAAUAGGCCAGAGACCCCUGCCUCCAAAGCUUAGUUACCUCACCUCUUCUUUUUGGAAGGCAGCCUGGAGCUGGCCCUGGGGAAUAUGUGUUUACAUGUAAACACACGUGUCAUAUGGAUACAGUCUCAGACUGGAAACAAGCAGGCUCUGCCCACAUAGGCCUCCCUCAAGGAGGGGGCUCAAGCCCUAGACUUCCAGAAAUGACGUCAGGAUCAUUUGCAUCUCGCUGCCUCAACCUGCCUAGUACUGCUGGGACCCUGUCUCCAAGGCCCCUUGGCCAAGAGGGUUGGGUGAGUGUGUAUGGGAGAGGGGAAAUGGACUUAAGGAUCCUUGAAUGGGGUAGGGCAGCUCAGGCUCUCCAGCCUUCUAAGCUCAGCCUGGGCCCCUCCCCAUCCAAUCUCCACUGAAGCCCUCAUUGAACUUCCUCUUCCUGCGAAAGAGGGGCGCUGCCCUGUGACCUACACAGACUGCAACACGAUUGCCAUAAUGGAGACCACUGGAAAGGCACUGGAGCUGAGGCCCACAGGGCCCACUGGAGGCCGGAGAGAAGACUCUGGGCGGGGGCUGAAUCACAGCCUCCCGACAGCCCCCAAUGCCCAGACAUUGGAGUCGAGCUGGGAGCCACCCAUCUUUAGCAAGGGAGGAUUGUCAGUCUGGUGGAGUGUGCAGUGGUGAGCACCCCAGCUUCUGCCAGCCAUCCCCCCCCCCCCAGCAGCAGCAGCAGCACCACAUACACAAAAAAUUGGAUACAUUUUGAAUAAAGCGAUUCGGUUCCUUAUCCGGGGACUGGGUUGCUCGGUGUGAUUGGCCGGCGGAGUCACAUGGUGAAAGUAACUUUACAGGGUCGCUAGCUAGUAGGAGGGCUUUAUGGAGCAGAAAAACGACAAAGCGAGAAAAAUUAUUUUCCACUCCAGAAAUUAAUGAUCAUGAGCUCGUAUUUGAUGGACUCUAACUACAUCGAUCCGAAAUUUCCUCCAUGCGAAGAAUAUUCGCAAAAUAGCUACAUCCCUGAACACAGUCCGGAAUAUUACGGCCGGACCAGGGAAUCCGGAUUCCAGCAUCACCACCAGGAGCUGUACCCACCACCGCCUCCGCGCCCUAGCUACCCUGAGCGUCAGUAUAGCUGCACCAGUCUCCAGGGGCCCGGCAAUUCGCGAGCCCACGGGCCGGCCCAGGCGGGCCACCACCACCCUGAGAAAUCGCAGCCGCUCUGCGAGCCGGCGCCUCUCUCAGGCGCCUCUGCCUCCCCGUCCCCAGCCCCGCCAGCCUGCAGCCAGCCAGCCCCUGACCAUCCCUCCAGCGCCGCCAGCAAGCAGCCCAUAGUCUACCCUUGGAUGAAAAAAAUUCACGUUAGCACGGUGAACCCCAAUUAUAACGGAGGGGAGCCCAAGCGCUCGAGGACAGCCUACACCCGGCAGCAGGUCCUGGAAUUAGAGAAAGAGUUUCAUUACAACCGCUACCUGACCCGAAGGAGAAGGAUCGAGAUCGCCCACUCGCUGUGCCUCUCUGAGAGGCAGAUCAAAAUCUGGUUCCAAAACCGCCGCAUGAAAUGGAAGAAGGACCACCGACUCCCCAACACCAAAGUGAGGUCAGCGCCCCCGGCCGGCGCUGCGCCCAGCACCCUCUCGGCAGCCACCCCCGGCACUUCUGAAGACCACUCCCAGAGCGCCACGCCGCCGGAGCAGCAACGGGCAGAGGACAUCACCAGGUUAUAAGACAUAACUUACACCCCUGCCCCCACCCUGUGCUCCGUGCCCUCUCACACACAAAUUGACUCUUAUUUAUAGAAUCUAAUAUAUAUAUAUUUUUGGUUCUUUUUUCUCUCUUCCUCCUGCUUCCUCCCUUGUCAGUUCCAAACAGACAAAACAGAUAAACAAACAAGCCCCUUGCCCUUUUCCCUUGCUGUUAAGGACCCCUUUAAGCAUGUGGUGUUGUCUUAGCAUGGUACCUGCUGGGUUUUAUUUUUUGUUUUUUGUUUUGUUUUGUUUUGCUUUGCUUUGCUUUUAAGGCCAUUGGGGGGGUAUUUAUUUUUUAAGAAAAAAAGCUGCAAAAAUUAUAUAUUGCAAGGUGUGAUGGUCUGGUUUGGGUGAAUUUCAGGGGAAAUGAGGAAAAGAAAAAGGAAAGGGAGAUUUGUAAGUGGAUUCCCAUCCUCUCUCCUUCUCCUUUACCCCCCUCUUUCCUUAGGCCUUUUGCAUUGAAAAUGCACCAGGGGAGGUUAGUGAGGGGGGAAGUCAUUUUAAGGAGAACAAAGCUAUGAAGUUCUUUUGUAUUCUUGUGGGGGGGUGGGAGGAGGGGGGAGGACAGCAAACAAAGCUAAAUGCAUCUGGAGGGCCUCUGGGAGCUGUUCAGUUUGAGGAGCCAAAAGAAAAUAAAAAUGAACUUUCAGUUCAGAGAGGCAGUCUGUAGGUAGAUGCUCCCCUACGCUCAUCGUGGUUAUUGUGUUUUUGGACUGAAUUUACUUGAUUAUUGUAAAACUUGCAAUAAAGAAUUUUAGUGUUGAUGUGAAAUGCCCCGUGAUCAAUAAUAAACCAGUGGCUGUGAAUUAGUUUUA